AUGUCGUCGCCGUCGUCGCAGCAGCCGGCGUCCGCCAUCAAGGCGCCCACGACGAGCGGCUACCACCGCCUCAGGAUAGACUACUACCGCAGCCUGGGAUCCCCCACUGGGUGGGCGCUCUCGUCCCGCGACUUCGUCGUCGGCGGGCGGCAGUGGAGAAUCUCCUACUACCCUAACGGCAACCGCCCGGAGAACGCCGAGUUCAUAUCAGUGUUCCUGUGCCUGGACAGCUCUUCUCCGAAGCCGGCGAUGCUGCAGGUGACGAUCACCUUCGACGAUGAGGCCAAGAAGCAGUCGCAGCUUCGUAAGGCCCCCGUGAUCACCAUUGCACCGGGAGCUUGUUGGGGAUAUCACAGGUUCGUGAAGAGGGAUGAUCUUGCGAGGUCGAAGCGGAUCAGGCCCGACGGGUUCUUCACGAUACGGUGCGACGUGUCCCUGAUCGACCACUUCACGGCGCAGGAGGACGAGCCGGUGUUCGUCUCGGUGCCACCUUCCGAGCUGCGGCGCGACCUCGGCGGCCUGCUCGACACCGGGAGCGGCGGCGACGUCGUGUUCCAGGUCGGCGGCGAGGCCUUCACCGCCCACAGGGGCCUGCUCGCGGCGCGGUCGCCGGUCCUCGCCGCCGCGCUCUACGGCCCAAUGAUGGAAGGCGGUGGCCUUCAAGGCGGCGUCGCUAUCAAGAUAGACGACAUGGAUCCUCUCGUGUUCAAGGCACUGCUCAGGUACGCCUACACCGACUCGCUGCCGCCGCAGAUGCAGCAGGGCGAGCUCGAGGAGGAGGGACGCGCCAUGGCGCAGCAUCUCCUCGCCGCAGCCGAUCGGUACGGGAUGGAACGGCUGAGGCUGCUAUGCGAAGCUCAGCUUUGCAAGCACAUCGAGGUGGCCAGCGUGGCGAGUAUCCUGAUCUUGGCCGACCAACACGGAUGCUCCGGCUUGAAGAACGCUUGCUUCGAGUUCCUUAAGAGCCCUGGGAAGUUUGCAGCUGCCAUGGCGACACAAGAGUACGAUUACCUGAAGACGAACCACUGUGCUCUGGCGGAUGAGGUCGUCAAGGUGCUAGCUUCACAACUCUAG